CACCAACUUCUUCGCCAAUUCAGAGUCGAUCCCAACGCCCUUCGCCCAAGUACAAGUCUGGAAUUUCUCGAAAGCACAUAACUGCGAAUGUCCGCGGAACCUUUAACCAUGUCAAUAACACCAAUCAUCACAUUCAAGGCGGGCAUCUGUGAUGUCGAUCAAUCCUCGAAACCUUUCAAGAUCAAGGCUCAGCCGGCGCCUGGUUACAUCUACCUCUACUCCGAAGAUGAUCUUAUCCACUUCUGCUGGCGCCCCAGGUCUGCGCCCCUCGACGUGCCCGAUCUUGACCUGGUCAUGGUCCCCGGCGACGGCCACUUUGUUCCAUACGACACUCGCAACCCCGCGCACCCCUCCUCCAAGACCAAUGGCCGUAUCUUCGUCCUCAAGUUCGCCUCCUCCUCGCAGCGACACCUAUUCUGGCUGCAGUCCAAGCCUCAGGGUCGCAGCGGCGACCCGGCCUGGCUUAGUCCGAGAGACCUGAAAAUUGGUGAUAUCGUCGACAGGCUUCUGCAGGGCGAGGAGGUGGACGUAAACCGCGAGUUGGCGGCCGUGCGCAACAAUGAUGACGACAGCCGCCCCGACAACGACGAGGACGAGACCAUGGAAGACGUUGAAGGUCACGGCAAUCGGCAUGGCCAUCACCGCAGUGGCGACGGGGGCGCCGGACCAGAUGCUACCGGUGGGGACUUCAGACAGGAAGGCGAGGACUCCAGGGAAGGAGGAGCAGACGGGGCACGAGCGCUGGGCAACGAUGCCGCCGCCGCGGUGCGGAAUCUCCUCGAUUCGCUCAAGGGCGUCCCCAACCUCGGGGCCAGCCACGCCGAAGGCAAGGCUUAUCCUCUUCUGAAUGACCUCCUCGAGCCAUCCAUCGCCAUAUCCAUGCUGGACUCCGCCACGGACGAAUACGUCGACAACCUGUUGAACUUCCUGCCUCCCAUGUUGCUGGUCCUGGCUCAACAGGGGCAGGACGGAGACGCCAUUGUGACAGAGCCUAGCGCCGAAUCGAUCGAAGCCGCCAAGCAAGCCAUGAGCUCGGACCAGAAGCGCGCGCUGCUGAAGCAGGUCCUCCGCAGCCCGCAGUUCAGCCAAAGCCUGGCGAGUCUGACAAUUGCGCUCAGGGACGGCGGCCUGCCAAGCAUUGCUGAGGCGCUGGGCAUCGCGGUGGAAAACGGCGGGCUCGUCAGAGGCGGCAGAGUUCCUCUGGGCGGCGGAGAUGCCGUCGAGGCGUUUGUGGAGGGCGUCAAGAAGACGAUGCAGAAGAAGUAGGAAAGUGGAAGUGACUGGGUCGUCCCGGGCGAAGAUGAAGCACGUAUCCUGCAUUUCACUGUAUAACGACCUUCUCGCGGCCCUUAAGAAAGUGCAGGCAUGACACAUAACCCAG